AUGUCUAAGAACCCCGUCACGUUUCCUGGACUGCGGUCGCUCUCUCUGACCGGCCUGGAGCAAAGCCAUCUGCUUCGCCCCAUCGAUCCGGCUUCUGGAGUGUCUUCAGAGCUGCAGGACGGUAUGGACUCCGAUUCGGCCGUUAGACUUUUUCGAGGUCCAAAAUCUCCGAGCGGUUCACCGAACAAAUAUCGUGAGUUAUGCGACGAUAGGCUUGCCAACCUAAGUGUUUCUUUUUGGACAAGCGUCCAGAUACCCAACGAUCUGGCGGCCAAGGCCAUAUCAAUGUAUUUAGAAACGGAUCACCCGCUCCUCGGCACAUUUGAACCAACCCAAUUUGUUGGAGAUCUGGUCAACCACCAACAAACUUCAUGCUCUCCAUUUCUUGCGAACUGCGUGCUCUAUUGGGGAUGUCAAAUGUAUAGCGCUAUCGACAAGAGGCUCAACGAUUAUGCCAAAGACUUUGGCAAAGAAUCAGAGAGACUCUGGGAUAUUGUAAAGUCAUCUGAUUCCAGCUUGAACAUGAUCGGUGCCCAAAUGUUGAGCCUGGCUUACAUGGGUAAUGGCAAGGACCAUAAAGUACUCAAGUAUCAGCUGGAGGCUGUCAAGAUGGGUGCACGGCUUGGGUUGCUGGGAGUCGACCGUAAGACUGCCGAGGCUAGGCUAAGGAAACUUCCCCAGUCGCAUCUGGUGGCUUACUCAUAUGCAGCAUGGGGCGUUUUCAACUGGGCCGUGCUUGUCUCAAUCUUUUAUCGACAGCCUGGGGUACUACAUUUAAGAUUUCCGCCAACGUUACCUAUCCCAGGAACUUCUGGCCAAUAUGACCCGAUUUCAUCGCACCCAAUCGUGCAGGAUGCUCUCCCGGAAUACAUGGGUUAUACAUUCCCCGCUAUCUGCGAAUUCUGGCAAAUUGUGCGUGAGGUGUCACUGGCUUACUUUGCCCAAGGCAAAGAUCCAUCAGAUAACGUCCCUCUCAAUUUUGCUGAGAUGAAGUAUCGAGAAAUUCUGGCGUGGGCAGAGAAUCUACCUGUACAAAUUACACGUGACAGUAACUGCCCACAUCAUGUCGUUAUCUUUCACAUGUGGAUCCAUGCUACCAUUCUCGACAUCUUCCGUCCAUUCAUGAAACAAGGGUACGCCAACUCACAGAGAUUAAGAACAUUUUCCGCUGCGGACAGCACGCCCGAUGCAGCUUUUAAGGCAUCAGUAAACCAACUCAAACAGUUGAUAUUUGAUUAUCGAUCUUCCUACGAAUCUUCGGCAUAUACCAUUUUGUGGCAAACUGCUCUGACAUAUCUAGCCACUUCCGUUCUCCAAGAUACGGCAGACCCUUCCUGGCGUCCCUGGUUCAUGCUGUGCAUAUAUGGUUAUGAAACCUUACGGCGGCCCUACCGAGUUGCAGAAGCAAUUGGCGGUGGUCUCUUGACGAUGACGAUGCGUGAUACGGAUAUAACGACCGAAGAUGCACGCAAAAUACUGAACGACUUGAAGUACCGGGGGUUGACGGCUCCUGUUGACGAAGAGAUCCGUGCCACUUUUAUGGGUGAUCUCAACAUGGCUAUCAAGAAUCCAGAAGGCGCAAGAAUGGAGAACUUGGCUAAAGCGUUUGAGGAAGUUGCACUUUUAAAAGACUAUACUCACGGUAUAGAGGAUACCGAGAUGGAUUAG